AACCUGAAGAUGACGAACAGGGGGGCUAUGCAGGAGAGAAGCAACAGCAUGGUGACAAUGAUAACACAGCGAUAAUGUAUAAAGAAAACUUUUCCUCGAUUAAUGACGUCCCAUCCAAUAAUGCUAAUACAGAAAACGUGGCCGCAUCAUCACACUCCUCAGCAGCAGAGACGCUCUCAACCUGGCCAAUAGUCACUUCCGUAAGUGAUUUUGCCGACGCUUCACUAAAUCUGUCUAAUGGCACGGCAAGCGGACACAUUCACAACGAAACAUUGGUGGUAACUGCAGUAAAUGAUAUUCUUGCACCAAAUGCUGAUACCUGUGCUGCCCCAUCGGGGGUGACCGCGUCUACAUCGCCCACCGUUGCCACUAAAGCGCAUGCCAAACCAAAUAUAGUAGUGCUGAAUGAGAGUAUUGUUAAAUCUUUAUCGGUAUUUCAACUCCACACCUGUCAAUGUUGUCAGCUGAAAUUCUUUAGUGUGGAGUCCCUAAAUCAGCACUAUAAUGUGGCGCAUCAGUCACAGACACCAUUGGAAGAAGGAUCGCAGUUACGUGCAGAGCAACAAAAACAACAGGGAGAGCAUGCACAGCAGCACCAGCAGCUGCAAGUGCGACAGCUUCAGCAUCCAUAUAACCAACAGCAGCAGCAAAAUAUGUUGACACUUAAUAAUAAUUUUCAACAGCAGCAACAGCAACAACACGGGCAAGCACAAUUGCCUAUGGUGAGCGUGCCUUCCGAUUACUUGUGGAAGCCAUAUGGUGGCACCUCUGGCGAUUUGAGGAAUGAGCCGUACAAUUUCAAUUGUAAAGUGGAAAAGGACUUUCCUUUGACAACUGCGCAGGCAGAUAUAACUCACAAAGCUGAAGAUAAUCUUAGUUACCAACAGCCAAAUAUUUUCGAACAGCCAUUUGGUCUCGCCGACUCACAUCACACAAAAAAUACUUUCAUAACACCAAAUUCCAUUCCCAAAGAU